GCAAGAUGUUGAGGGUUUAGCGGCCUAAAGUGCACAAAAUCAAGUACUGUCUAUGAGUGAUUUUUUUUGGCCAAAGACCAGGAACUGGUGGAGCUAUCUACUGGUCCAGUCUUGUACUAUGUAGACUAUGGACAACAACUGAGGAAGUUGCCUAUCAAGAUUGACAUUGGCAGGAGCCUCUAUUGGGAGUGCUCGUUUGAUAUCUAAUGAGCAAACAAUGAGCUUAUUUGAGUCAGACACGAGUUUCUUGGAGGAACUGACUGGCCCGGGGAGUACGGCAAUGGGUUCUGAGGUGAUGUCGAGGAUGGGCAACGGCAUCAUGAGCCCAGCGAUGCAACAGCAAGUGACACAACAACAGCCAGAAGCCAUGAUGAUGGGACAACAACAGCAGCCUCCUGGACAGACGUCUUACGGCCAGAUGCAAAGCUUUUCUCAGGAAUCUUUUAGAACUAUUGGAUCUCAGAACACUGUGAUAGCAAAUCAGCAGUACCAAGCGGAUGAAUAUAAUCAGUAUUCAUCUGUACCGAAACUACACCAUAUCAAUGAUCAGAUGAUGUCUGGUGAAGCGGGCUCCAACAUGAUGCAGCAGCAACAAAAACAGCAGCAGCAACAACAGUUUAUAAGUCCACCGUCUGCUCAACAUAUGAUGCAGCCACGUCAUGGUGGUUAUCAGAAUUACGGAAUGUCUCCUGGUCCUCGUAUGCCAAAACCACAACAAAUGGGAGCCAUGCAGAAUUCUGGGUGGAAUCAGACACAAAUGAGUCCAACCCAUCUUCAGUACGUUUCUCAGCAGCAGCAGAUGAACAGCAGUACAGGUCAGAUGUCGUACGUUCCUCAGCACGACUACUCUAUGUCCAACUCAUGUCCUCCUGUUCAACGUCUUGCCCACUAUCCUGAUACAGGACAGCCCACGGGACAGACUAGUCCAUACAUGGGAUCUCCACCUGCAGGAAGUCAUGUUCCUAUGGCACCAUCAUCUAGUCCUGUUUCUGGAAAUAUGAUGGGCCAAAUGCAGCAGGGUCCUGGAAAACCGUCUCAGGUUUUUCAACAAGGUCCUGCAGAGUCGCAAGUUUCAAUGGGGAUGUCUGGGUUUGGUGUGGCCCAGCAGUAUCCAAGUGACUACAUGGCUCAGAGGGGACAGAUGAAUUCGGUAUCGUCAGCACAGACAAGCAAGCUUCAGCAUUACUCCUACCCAGCUCCAAAUCAGCAGACCUCUCAGAAAAUUUCACCGAACAUUAACGACACUUCCUCUCUGACACACUUCCCAAAUCAGACUUCAGCAAACAUGCCGGUUACUUACAGGCCCAACUUCUCUGGUAUACCUCAACAACGAGCCACUACGCCUUCCCCACGACCAGUGCCCACUCCUCCGACUCAGCUGGCUGUGAACCAUUCUAACAACACUCAAGGCACAUUUGGUCAAUCGAGCCUACAACAAUUAGAACAGCUCGUUCCUCAGAUGGGAAGUAUCUCCAAUACAAACCCUUUUCAAAGUGUGAUGCAGACCUCGCCCGGGUCGAACGUAAACCUUGGUCAGAAGGCUCCGGUUUAUAGCAACAGUAGCUUCCAAGCUACCACUGUGAUUUCCUCAAGCGAGGUGCCAAGUUCCGUGCAAUCAGGGAUGGGUAUAUCAGUGAAUAUACCCAAUCCCAAUCAUUCUCUUGGACCCGUAAGCCCUAGUCAAAACAUUAUGAAAGGACUGCCCAAUCAGCAGAACAUGAACAUUGAGAUCCAGCACCUGCAGCAACAGAUUCAGCAGCUGUACAGCAUGUCUCAGACCCAGGAGAUUCAGCAGCAGAUGCUCGACCUGCAGGAGAGGGUGAGGAUACUCAAAGCACAGCAGCAGCAGAAGAUUCUCCAGAUGCAGCAGCAGCAGCAGCAGCAGAGGCAACAGCAGCCAAUGGGUAUGGCACAAUCGGGACAGCCGGGACGCAUCAUUAUGGGACAGCGGCCACGCAUGCCACUGCAGCAGGUUCUUCCACAACAGAAGCAGAUGCUAGUCAUUCAGGUGGUGGAGCAGCAACAACAACAACCACUCUCUCAGUCAUCUCAAUCAGCAGUCAUGUCGCCAACACCACCGAGGACGCCCCAAAUGAUAGCUACAUCCUCACCGCAGAGAGUCCAGCAACCAUUUAUGCAGCCUUCAACACCUAACAAUCAGUCAGAACAGUCUUUUCAACCAUCUACCUCACAACCUCUAACAAUGGAACUGGAUUCCUUUGUCCAGUCACCCCCUCUGACCUCAUCUGUGGUACCUCCGCUAAACAUGUCCGAAUCACUAGAACCGUCCCUGGAGGACCCCAUUCCUCUGAGUCCACCCACCCUUGAUACCCUGACAUCAUUUGCCGAUAACGACAAGGAGAACUGUGGUCAGGAGAUUUUAGUCGAUGAAACCAAAGCUCAAAGUCAGCCUCAGCUUGCUGUGGUCGACCCUAUUGGUCAGGUUCAGGUCACUAGUAACACACAGGUCACAGCAGGAUCAUUUUCGCCUGUGCCAAUUCCAUCAACUGUCCCUGGUCUUGUGACAGAAACAAUUCUCAAUUCAUCAGACACGACAAAGAAAUCGCCAAAGAAACCGCGUAAAAAGAGAGAGCCAAAACCGAAGGGGGAAAAGCCGGAGAAGAAAGAGAAAAGUCCACGGGUGCGGAAGAAGAAGAAGAAAGAAGAAGCGGUUGUGGUUGCGGUCACAGUUGCCGAAUUGGACCCAGCAGCUGGUACUGAAGGGUUGUUGUCGGUGGACGGAUUGGUCAUUGAUGUGGGUUCCACGGUUCCUUCUUUGCUAACAGUAUUAGACGCAGAGGCUGGUGAGAAGAAAGAAAAGAAGGAAGAUAUCAAGAAAGAAAAGAAACCCAAAACACCAAAGCCAAAAACACCAAAGAAAAAGAAACCGCCACCUACCUUUCUGAAAAAGAAGAAAAAGUCUAAACGAGGAUUAUCAUCCGACUGUUCGGAUCUCGAUAUAUCUCCUCCUAGCUCUCCCAAGGAAGAAGAUGAGUCUCUGAAGCGUCGUUCAUCCAGAAACACCAAUAGGAAGAAGUACUUGGAUGAUGUGGAUAUUAACUUGUCGGAUGACGAGAAUACUAACGUUGAUAUAGAAGGCAUGGAUGGACCUCUAACUAUGAAAACGGACAACUCUGAUGAGGAUGCUGUUGUGGUGGAGAAAAUACUUGGUGUUAGAAUGAGGAAGAGAGAUAAGGAGGAACUUGAAGAAAACCCCGAUGCCCCAGAAGAGGAAGAAGAGUUCAUUGUCAAGUACAAGAACUAUUCAUUCCUUCACUGCGAGUGGAAGACAAUGGCUGAACUAGAGAAAUGUGAUAAGAGGAUUCAAGGCAAAAUAAAGAGAUUCAAAGUGAAGCGACACAACUUGAUUAACUUGUUAAAUAUGCCUGAAGACGAGGAAUACUUUAACCCUGAUUAUGUUGAAGUAGACAGAGUAUUGGAGGAAUCUAUUACAGUGGACCCCAUGACUGAGAACAAAAUCAUUCACUACCUCGUUAAGUGGCGCGGCUUGUCAUAUGAAGAGAGCACUUGGGAACUGCUGCAAGAUGUUGACCCCAAGAAGGUUGAACUUUUCAACCAGUGGCGUAUUCCCCCACCGGAAGAGGAAAGAGAGAUUCUACCUCGACCAAAACCGAGUGAGUGGAAGAAACUGGAUGAAGCACCUGUAUACAAGGGAGGUAACCAGCUGCGUGAAUACCAGCAAGAAGGAGUAAACUGGCUGACAUUCUGCUGGUAUAAUAGACAGAACUGUAUACUGGCUGAUGAGAUGGGACUUGGUAAAACCAUACAAAGUAUAACAUUCCUUAUACAAAUGUAUGAGUAUGGAAUUAAGGCCCCAUAUUUGAUUGUGGCACCACUUUCAACCAUCGCAAACUGGCAUCGAGAGUUUGAAAUGUGGACAGAUUUGAAUGUCAUAACAUAUCAUGGAACGACUGCUAGUCGACUGAUGCUUCAAGAAUACGAGAUGUAUUACAAAGACAGUGAAGGGAAGAAAAUUCCUGACAUCUAUCGCUUCAAUGCACUGAUCACAACAUACGAACUGAUAAUCACUGAUUGGGAGGUGCUCAGUUCUAUUGAGUGGAGGUGUCUAAUCAUAGAUGAGGCUCAUCGACUCAAAAAUAGAAACUGCAGACUCAUGGAUGGGUUGCGACAAUUCGACAUCGAACAUCGAGUCUUGUUGUCAGGCACCCCUCUUCAAAACAACACUGAUGAAUUGUUCUCCCUGUUGAACUUCUUGGAUUCAAAGAAAUACUGUAAUGCUCAGGCUUUUGUUGCUGACUUCGGAGAUCUGAAAACAGAGACACAAGUGGAUGAUCUCAAAAAGAUUCUAAAGCCCAUGAUGCUCCGCAGACUGAAAGAAGAUGUGGAGAAAAAUUUGGCACCAAAAGAGGAGACCAUUAUUGAGGUUGAGUUGACCAAUAUACAGAAGAAAUAUUAUCGAGCUAUCCUAGAGAAGAACUUUACUUUUCUUGACAAAUCCGGUGCUGGUGUACCUAGUCUUAUGAACACAAUGAUGGAGCUAAGGAAAUGCUGCAAUCAUCCUUACCUUGUCAAUGGUGCUGAAGAGAAGAUUCUGGACGACACGCGUGUGAAGUACGGUAACAAUCUGGAGCAGUUUUCGCAGGCCAUCGUCAAGUCGUGUGGUAAGAUGGUUCUUCUCGACAAACUGCUGCCCAAACUGAAACAGGGUGGACACAAGAUCCUCAUCUUCUCACAGAUGGUGCGUGUGCUGGACAUCCUAGAGGAUUACCUCAUCCAGAAACAUUACCUGUAUGAAAGAUUAGAUGGCCGGAUUCGUGGCAAUUUGAGGCAAGAGGCAAUAGAUAGAUUUUCAAAACCUGAUUCUGAUCGAUUUGUUUUUCUGCUGUGUACCCGAGCUGGGGGUCUUGGAAUCAACUUGACAGCUGCAGACACGGUCAUUAUAUAUGACUCUGACUGGAACCCGCAGAAUGAUCUGCAGGCUCAAGCACGCUGUCAUCGUAUUGGUCAAACGAAAGAGGUGAAGGUGUACCGACUUAUUACAAGGAACUCGUAUGAGCGUGAAAUGUUUGACAGAGCUUCACUAAAGUUGGGUCUUGAUAAAGCAGUGCUACAGUCCGACAAAUCUGUCAAUCCGCAAUCACAACUGUCGAAGAAGGAGAUAGAAGAUUUGUUGAAGAAGGGUGCGUAUGGUGCGUUGAUGGAUGACGACAAUGCUGGUGAUGAGUUCUGUGAGGAAGACAUCGACCAGAUCCUGCAGCGCAGAACGCAGGUCAUUCAGAUAGAGAGUGAGACCAAGGGAUCCACCUUUGCUAAGGCAAGCUUCAGCAUGUCCUCGGAACGGAGUGAUAUUGACAUUAAUGAUCCAAACUUCUGGCAGAAAUGGGCCAAGAAAGCAGACAUUGAUGUUGAUGAAAUAAAAGGAAAGAACAACCUUAUCAUUGACUUGCCGAGACGGCGUAAGCAAACCAGUCGCUAUGGUAACGAGGAUGGUAUGAUGGAGAUCAGUGACGUUGAGUCGAGCUCCAGUUCUGAUGAAGAUGGCGGAGGCCGAUCGAAUCGCAAGUCCUCUCGACGCAAGAAAAACAAAAAAAAUGAUGAUGAUGUUGAUUAUGCAGGUGAAGAGUUAGUCAAGGGAGAGAAUUACUGGAGAUCGGAGUGUUUCAAGGUGGAGAAAAACCUUCUUGUAUACGGGUGGGGCCGAUGGUCAGAAAUUGUUGCACACAGUCAUUUUAAGAGAGCCCUGGAGGAUAAAGACGUAAAGUCAAUAGCUAAAGCAAUUCUGGUCCAUUCCCUUCAGUUCUACAAAGGAGAUGAGAGAAUCAAAGGUUUCAUCUGGGAUCUUGUAUCUCAAGACAACGAAGACCAACUUAAAAAUCACUCAGGGUUAUCUGCUCCUGUACCGCGUGGCCGAAAAGGAAAGAAGGCAAAACAGGAUAAUCGGGGCUAUUCUGAAGAGCUUGAGAAGGCCAAUCUCGACUUUGAUCCAGAUGCUAUCCUUGAUCACGGUUACAAACGACAUCUACACAGACAUUCUAAUAAAGUAUUACUACGUGUUCGACUUCUGUACUACCUGCGGCAAGAAGUUAUUGGAGAAGAAGCAGAGAAAGUCUUCAAACUUUUACCAUUCAAUGAAAUUGACAUUCCUGCUCCCAUUGCGGACGGCGACCUUCCUGCAUUGUGGUGGGAUGAAGACUGUGAUAAAUCUCUCAUCAUUGGAGUCUUUAAACAUGGGUAUGAGAAGUUUAACCAGAUGAGAUCGGACCCUGCGCUGGCGUUUCUGCAGCGGUGUGGUCCACCAGAUGGUGACGCUCUGGCUCGCGAGCAGAAUGACGACGAUGACAACGACAAAGAUGAAGAAGAAAUGGAAGACAAGCUGAUGAAUCUGAAGGAUGAAGAUGAAGAGGAGGAAGCUUCUCUCGGCUCAGCGCCAGAGUCCGCCAAGAAAACACAGAAACUAACCACAGAAGAAGUUGAAGAAGUUGGUAAACUGCCAUGGCCGACCGUCUCAGACCUAAACACGCGUCUUCGUCGACUUGUAACAGGAUACCAAAGAAACAACAAGAAAGUGCAGCUCCGGUUGCAACAAAGGGCAAAGAAAAUGGAAAGAAGAGAAAAAGCUGAUGCUGUUUUGAAGGAAAGAGAAGUGAAAAAGAAGGAAUAUCUACAGAAGUUAGUGUCGAUUCGAUGGUCCCGACGAGAGGAAGCUGACUUCUACCGCACGGUGUCUACAUUCGGUGUCGAGUACAACCGUGCCGCCGGCCGCUACCGUUGGGAUAGAUUCCGCUGCUUUGCGCGUCUCGAUAAGAAAUAUGACGAUACAUUGGUGGAAUACUUCCAAGCCUUCUAUCACAUGUGUCAGCGGGUCUGUGGCAAAUUCAAAACUACUGAUGAAGCCAAACCCCCUCAUAACAUGUACGUGGAGCCGAUAUCGGAAGAGCGAGCCAGUCGCUGCCUGGCGAGAAUCGACCUCCUCAACAAGAUCCGCGAAGAGAUUCUCUUACACCCGAAACUGGACGAGCACAUCAAACUGUGUCAGCCAUCCUUCGACAUGCCGUCAUGGUGGCAGUGUGGAAAGAACGACAAAGAACUGCUCAUUGGUGCUGCAAGGCAUGGUCUAGCUAGAACGGAUUACCACAUUCUGCGGGACCCAACUCUCUCCUUCCAUGAGAUCUUCCGUUCAAGAGGUCUCCGAGGUGCUAACCCACAGUUUGGAGGUUUAAACAGUCCGUACACUGGCAUGUAUAUGGGUAUGCCUGGAGGAAUGUCGAUGAGUGAUAUGAAAGUUCCGUCUGAUACCAUGGAGAAUACUCCAGUGAAAAAUGAACUUGGUGAUGUAGGAGAAUUUAAAUCUGAGAAAAUCAAAUCCGAGGAACAUUCCAGUUCUGAAGAAAAUUGUCUUAAAGGUAAAAAUGGUGAUACAAUCAACGAAAAAAGUGCUAAAAUCAAAGAUGAAAAUGACGAUAUUGUGAAACGAGAAACUGACAGCCCAUUGAAAAAAGAGUACAGAGACGUUAAGAAGGAAAUUAACAAUACUGAUGAGAAUGAAAAAGAAGAUACUACUGAUGAAGCAGUCGUCAAAAAGGAACCGGUCAUUAAGACAGAAACUGUGGAUGAGAAAGAAGUCGUCAAGAAGAAAAUGGUUGAUGCGGUUGUGAAAGAGGAGACUGGUGGUGUGAAAAACGAGACCGAUGAAGAAAAGACACAGGAUGAGAAUGAAGUGAAAGAAAACGAACACAAAGACAAAUGUGAUAUUAAAGCCGAGCAGAACGAGAUGGAAGACGACGACGACAAACUGAAACACAACAUCAAGACUGAAUGCACCAAUUCUGAAUUGAUAAAAGAACUGGAAAAAGACGAUGUUGUACCACCUGUGGAAGAGAAUGGUGAUCAGAAAGAAUCUGCUACGGAAAGCAAAUUUGAGAAAGAAUUGAAAGAUAACGAGAAAUUUGUCAAGUUGAAGCAGAAGGAGGUUGAGGAGCAGCUAGAGCGUGAGAAGUCAAACUUCCACAGCAUGAUGCAGACGAAACCCGAGAUUGUCAAGAUGGAGGAGGACAUGAUGAGGAAUUUACCACCAUAUCCUGGAAUGUAUCUUGAUGAAAACUACAUUGACAUGGAGGGCAUGGAACCGGGGGAGGUCAUGAUGGGAGGACGAGGGGGAGUCCUGGGUCCGACUCUUGACUGGCCAAAGGACCGAGUUGUAUUUCAUCGCUUGGAACAUAUCUGUUACACUAUCGAAAACGGAGAGUGGCCCUUUGCACGCCGCCAGCCACCACCACAGUUCUUUCCUCCGACGACAUUUGAUUCUCGCAGCGGUACCCCAGUGGGGUCAUCAGUGCCAAAGAGUGACCAGUCGCUAGCGGAUUCUGAUGCUGGCGAUUCUGCGACUGAUCCUCAGCAGGUGAUGAGGGGGGAUAGUGAGAAGGACUUUGAGGUUCUAUACUCCGAGAAUGAGGGAUUGAAAAUGACAUUCCAGAAAAGAGGUCGAGGGAGGAGAAGAAAAUAUGACAUAUAUCCUGAAAGAGCUGCGCAGGUACAACAGUUGCUGAACCAGUCGGCUGCUAGUGCUGCAUCCAGUGACAACGAAAGCCAGCCAGAACCCAUGAAUCUCUCUAGUAGUGUACCGACCCCAAACGAGAGUAUUCAGAAUGGAGACAGUCCUAGUAUGUUGGAUGUUUCCCAAGUUUCUGCUAAACUUCUGGCAGAUGGGCUGGUUCCUGAGCGGAAGCGCCGAGGACGAAAGCGUAAAGCUGAAAAAUUGGCUGAGCUUGCUAUGGCUGAAGCUCUUGCUAAACGUCACCAAGCUCGACUGCUGUCCAGUCUUGACCCAGAGGGUCGAGUGCCUGUGAUAUGUAUAGAGGAUGGCAGUAGACUGACAGGUGAGGAGGCCCCCAUGAAGAAAGAUGCCGAACGCUGGCUCAUGGAACACCCCAACUACAUCUUGGACCAGCCCGAUGAUGAAGAGGAACCAGGGGAGAUAACUCAUCACGCUAUUCCACCGGAGCUCUUUGAAAAACCGCGCAGGGGGCGCCGACCAAAGUUAGACCCACGGAUGCUGGAUUUAGGUACUCUUACAGGCGAAGAAAACGUCUCGGUUAUCGACCGAGAGUCUGGCAAAAAGAUCACUGGAGCGAAAGCUCCUCCAUUACGACACUUGGCGGAAUGGUUGGAGAAGAAUCCAACAUACGAUGUGGAAGCUAAAUGGGGAGAGCUUGUUCGAGCAAAGGGUAGUUUGCCAAAGAGCAUGGACUCGAGAAUCCUGAAGUCUUCUGGUCGAGGUCGCAAGUCUCGCGACAGCAUGCUCCACCCAUCAUUUCUAGGUGAAAUGGCAUACCCUGGCUCGCUGUCAGCUAUGGCUGGCUUCCCUGUCACUGCAGGACUGAUGGGUGCCUUUCCCAAACUACCUCUCAACAUGCCUUUUGGUGCACUGCCAAACCUUGCUCUGCCAAACCCAAUGUUAAGCCUGGGUGGUUUGGGCUUGCCUGGAUUUCCUUUGACAUCGGCUUUAACGAAAACCACGGACAGUGAUGGAAAAGAUAAAACAUCGGGCGACAAAGAUGGUGACGUGAAGUCUGAUCUUUCGAGUACAUCGUCGCCACAUCCGUCAUUCCCAUCAUUCUAUUACAAUCCGCUAAUGUACAAUCCAUUGCUGGCAGCCCAAGGGCUGCCAGGCUUUCCCAUUCCAACUAGUCUAUCGGCCUCACUUGCCGGUCUUGUCAACCCGGGUGCCAUUAAUGGGCGACUUGAAUCUGAGGAAGAUGAAGAACAGCGGUUGGAAAAAGAAACGCUGGAGAAAAUUAAGGAAUUCUCACAUAAAAAGGCGAAAUUGUCAAACUACGAAUCGGGUGAAAAGUCGCAUUCGUUGCAACGCAAAUCAGAUGAUCACAGAUCUCAUUCGUCUUCAAGUAAAGGAGAUCGCCACCAUUCUAAGUCAGAAACCAAAGCAGAGGACUUGUCAAUGAAAAAGAGACAUUCACAUAAUUCCACAUCAGAAGUGAAAGCCCCACUCAUAGUGCCUACACGUACACCAUCGCUAGUUCCACAAGAAGAAGCGACCGAUCUCUCGAUAAAAACUAAAACAAAACACAUACUCAACACAGACAAUCUCAAAGUUAUAAAAGACUUGAAAAUUAAAAAGUCCAAAUCAAAAAUGUUUAGUUCCUCUAAGCUCAGCAAAAUCGUGGAUUCUUUGAAAGACAAAGUGAUGAAAAUUGAGAAACGAGAAAAACCGAAAGAGACAAUGGGUUCAGAACAUUCGGCGAAACCAGUGAUGAAACAUUCUGAGGAAACUAAGCAGACGAAGGAAAGUAGACCUUCUAAAGAAGCUAAUAAUUCAAAUGAAACUAAGGAAAGUAGACAUUCAGCAAAAACUAAAGAGUUGAAGGAAAUAAAAAAUUCUGAGGAAACUAGAGAGUUGAAGGAAAUAAAAAAUUCCGAGGAAACUAGUGAAGUGGGUUGUGAUAAUCUUGACAAUGCUGCCAAAACGACUAGUCCAAAGGCUGUAAACAAAUCAGAAAGCAACAAAUCAUCCUCGUAAAAGGUGGAAGGCAUUUUAGUUCUUUUUCCACACAGACAUUUUUUGUGAUAAUGUCUAUAAACUGGGAUGAACAAGUGGAUUUAGUGUUGGAUUGAAACUGUUAACUUGGCUUCUUUUACAGUCUUUGAUUAAGCAUUCGAUAUGGUCCGAUAAGAUUGCUGCAUUGAUCUGAUGAUGGCUAAGGUAACCAGUCACCAUCAGUUACAUGAAGGCUGUUAACUGGUGUCUUGAACAGUCUUUGAAUUAGAUUUAAUGGUGAUGAUUAAAGAUAGCCAGGCAUGUUGUGUAAAAAAAAAACUAAGUGUAAUUUGCCCUGUCAUUGAAAUUAAGGCACUAAAGUCUCAGGUGUUGUUUUGUGAAUUUGAGGUGUGGUCUGUAAAGUAAAUUAAAUGUCUUUACACAUCUUGUAUUGGAGAGAUAUAGUCUGUAAAUAAGAGUCGGGCACAUGUUGUAAAUUAGCAACUGUAAACUGCAGCGCAGUGCAGUCUGGAGUUUGAGGUGUACUUUUUGUUGUUUUCUUAAAAAAGUCACAGGUUUACUGCUGAAGACCAUAUUGCUUGCUUCCAAGGUGGUUUACUUUGAAAAGUUGGAAGAAAACUGACAAAAUAGCUGGAUUUGUAUGAGGUCUCUUUCAGUUACUUUUCACAUGAACAAGUCAGUUUCCCAAAGAUAGAAUGGUAAAAAACCUGAAUGAAUCUCAGGCAUUAACCAGUUUCAUUUUGUUACAGGCAUUGACCGGUUAGAUAUCAUUUGUCACAGGCAUUGACCAGAUAUCAUGUUGUCACAGAAUGUUUAGUCAUUCAUAUGUAGUUGUUCAUGUUCACAAAUAUACUGAUGUAGUUUUUGAAACAAAAGAUUUACAAACAAAAUUAAUGUGUGUGUGUGUGUGUCAGUAUGUUGGUAUGUGAAUUGUACCAAGCUAUUGGCCUGUUAAUUUACUGAAUAUUAGUAUUAAUCUUGUGGUGUUGUGAGCGUCACAUAUGCUCCUUGAAGAGUGAUUGUAAAAAUUGUUGUUAUUGUACAGUACACCCAAGUUGGUGAUGAUUCCAAAAGAACUGAAAAUGAUAAAAGAUCUCCAUGAAUUUUUUUUUUUAAUUUUUGAUAAACUGUUUUAAGAACGUUGAGCACAGGGUAUAUGGAAUACGAUAACUCCAUACUUGGCCCAUGUUUGUAAAACAAAUUUAAAAAAAAUCUUUAGCGGAUAGUGACUGUUUUAGAUUGAAUGUCACUGCUGUGACAUUAGAAAUUAGACUGAAUGCUCAACUUAUAUCAUGCUAUCACAUUUUGAUUUCUUUUGCUACAGUGUUAAAAUGUGAACUCCCUAAGUUGAGCUGUAAGUUUAAGAUUGUAAAGCCCACUUUCUCAAUCAUGAUUCUCAAUUAAGUAAAAUUUCGACCACUUAGAUUUUAUGGUUCGUGUAAGUAUAAACUGAAAUAAAGUGCAUACUUUCUUAUGACUCUGCUGCCAUGUAUUUUUCAGUUUAUUCUUGAAUCAGCUGACAAAAAAAUAAUCUAGAUUUUGAAUUUUCACUUGAAUUGUGCAUUAUAGCCGAAAUUUGAAUGAGAAAUUGGGCCUAAAAGUUUUACAAUCAUGGGUCAUGGUUAUCUUCCAGACUCGACUGUUCCCUGCCUUGACAAACAGAUGAAAUACCUCAGUAUUAUACUGCUGUUCUCCCUCUAUGCAUCACUCGUGUUCCUGUCUGUUUCCCUUCCAGCAGUAGGAGCACAUUCAAAUAUUUAAUAAAUCCCAGUUUCAUGUUGUAGUAUUCGCUUUGAAUAUUUUCAUUGUGGCUGUACUAAAAGAUAUUUUUCCAUGGCUAAUGUAAUGCCUGUGUUCUUAGGUUGCAGAUUUUUUUUUUUUUUUUUUUUUUUUUUUUUAAAGGAUAAAAAACAAUUAAGAUAAUGUUGCAGGGAUGAUUUUGAUUUUUUUUAAAUGUGUAUCUCAGAGUUUAAUGAUGUAUUUUUUAUAAUUUGAAUUUAUUUAUAAUGUUCAUUUUAUAAACUUUAUUAAUAAUCAUGCAUCAACAAAAAUGUGACAUGUUUAGAGAUUAUGUAUGUGAGAUUAAAACAAGAUAAUGAAAUUGUUUUAAAUGAAGAAUUUUUAGGGUUAUAUUCAAAUACAUUUGAGUGAUUAAUUAUGUGUCAUAUAAAGUAUUGGUCAUUAUUAUUGACUGUUCAAACUGCAAACUGAGGUAUAUUUUUGAAGUUUUUCUCUCCAAAAUUUAUAUGAACCUUUUGAGGAAUUUUUCAAAUUUUAAUGUUCUGUUUCAUAUGCAUUUGUAAUAUAAAAGUAAUAAUUUAACUGUUUUGAAACCUGUAUUAUGCCACUAGCUUCUUUCAGUAAUUUUAUAAUUGUAUAUAAAGGCAGUUUCAGUCUGCUCAGACAAAUUUAAUUUUUAUGAAGAAUGCUUCUGUGGUUUUGGGCAAUUUUUUUUUAACAUCACAGUGGAUUGCUUUGAGAAAACGUUUCGAGUUUAGAACAUAUGAAGCUGGGUGCAUUAAUUAUUCUACUGUAUAUAACUACCAUGGGAUGUAUUUUGCAGUCUCGUAACAUUUGUUUGGCUUUGUAUAUUGCUUGAAAAAUAAAAACACUGGUCUCAGGGCAUAUUUACUGUAUCUAUAUUUUUAACAUGAAUGACUAGUAUUUAUUGAAAUAGUCAAGUACAUGUUGUUGUUUUCAAAUGGGCCAAUCAGUGCAGGAGGCGGAUGUUUCCAGAUUUAAUUACUACCGGUAUUUCAUCAUGGCACAAGGUUUUUUUUUCACGAAAUGGUCAUAGUGCUAGAAUUAUUGUGGCUACUGUUGGGAUUAUAUGUUAUAAACUAUGCCAUAUGAUCUGGUUUUAAGCUGUCGUUUCUUAAAUCGCAUUUGUGAUUUAAAAGUUAAUUUAGCAAAGAUAACAAUGAUUUCACGAAAAAAAUUACUAAGCUCAAUGUUACUAGAAAUAGUCUACAGAUUUGUUUGGAUCAAAUUCGCCAAAUUGCUAUUAAGUUUUCAUAUUAAUGUGUCAGUGAAGAAAUUUUUGCUGUACUUAAUACAUUCGUAUUAUAUAGUAACUUAUACAUGGAGAACCAAACUGCUUAUUUUGAUGCCGUAUACAGUUGUUAUAAGUUAAGUGAAUGUUUACAAUCGAUCUAAAGCAAUUGCCAUUGACUAACAAAAUUGAAAUUUAAAAAAGUAGUGAUAUGAAAAUUUAAUAUUUGAAGAAAAAAGACUUAUGUAAACACUAGUAUUAACUUUAAGUUAUUUUAAAAUGUAUGUGAUUGGUUCGUCUUAUUUCAGUGUUACCUUUCAUACAUAUUUAUUACUCAUUUGAUUGAAAUAGCUUUAACAAAACUUACUCAGAUUUCCAAAGCCAAUCUACAUUUCUGAGAAGUCUCAAAAUGUUAGUAUCCAAGUCCUUAAGAAUCUAUCACAAAAGAUUUUAUAAUUUCAUAAGUUUUUACAAUUGGCCAAAAGCUGCUUUAUGGGACAGCUGUAAACCUUGCAUAUGACAAACAUAACAUUGACCAUACGUGACUACAGUUGGUUACUCCUAUGAUCAUUUUUGUGAAACCAGUGCCCAGAUCGAUUUUUGGGUGGCAAGUGUAAGUUAAGCUGUUCCUCCUUUGGGACAAUUGAUGCAUAGAAUUUGACCAAAGUGACCAUCGUGUUGAUGAAUUCUAGUGGUCAGUGUAAACCAGAGCUCAUAACAUUCUUCAUCCACAGUUGAUUUAUCGUAUUUAAUGUGUUGUGUUGAUACUCACAAUCUCAUGAUUUAAUUGGAUCUUACCGACCACUCCACCUGUCUCGGUUAGUAGCAACGCCAAUGUUAUUCUGUGACCAGAUGACCUUUCAUUUGACCAAUCAAGGGGCAGGAUAUAGCUUAGUGGUAGAGUGCUCCCCCGAGGUGCAGUAGAAUUGAUUGCACAUCCGAACCAUUGCCCUGCGACUGGUUCAUGGUAUGUACUAUCCUGUCUGUGGGAAAGACCAUAUAAGACUACUUGCUGUGUUUUGGUAGGAGAAGUAGAGGGAAAAUGUCAUUAGUUGAAGGUCAGGUUAAAGAGAGAACAAAAUUUUCCACAUUCUUUUGUUUUUGACCUUGGAAAAUAUUGCUUGCAUACCCGGUAAAUCUGUCUGAGUUAUGGGGUUUUAAAUAAGGUCACCAGGAUACAGUGUUAUUGGCUCAUGUCAGAUCUACGGGAAACCUCCAAUAUUGUCGAGUGUCAUGUUUUCAUCACCUCGUCAUUGUGUUAUGUCAUUACAUUGCCUUAUGAGUUGAGUUUUCUAUCAUAUCAUUUGACUGGACUCUGAAUGUGAUAAGGGCAUUCUGUUGAUUAAAAUAAGCAUUACAUCUUUUGUUGUAAUCAUUAUAUAAAUGCAAAACUUGCUAUUGUACUUGUGUGUUUAUUGUUUCUGUACAGAGUUGAAACGUAACAUAAAACUGUAGUGGCCAACAGGGAUAGUUAAAAAAAGAAAAAUGGAAAAAACUGUUAUUUGCCCUUAAUAAAUCAACUAGCUCUCAAAUUAUUAUUUUAAAAGUUGACCUUACUAGUGGUUACAAGAAACAAAAUGGUGAAGUUAUUGUAUCACAUUUUUGUGUUGGAAACAUUUGCAUCUUGUAAAAUUCAUGGUCAACCAUUGGACCAUCUUUCUAAAAUUAGUAGUCAUUAAAGGUCACCUUGGGCAACCAGUCGACUGCCAGUUUGAACCUUGUAUGUACUAACUAUAGAAAAUUGGAGAAAUAGCAUGCCUCUGGUUUUGUUUUUAUUUUUUAAUUUUUGCAGUUUUAUAUAUUUUGUCGGAAUAAAUUAGUUUUGAUUUGCUGUAUUGUCAAGUGUAAUGUUCUCAGUUGAGAGUUAACAUAUUGGAAUGUUUUGGUUAGUUGGUCUUAUUUUAACUUAAAAUAACACAAUUUUGGCACACCAACUGGGAAAUAUAAAAGUUUUUUUUUUUUUAUUACAAAUAUGAAAAUAAAUAAUAAAAAUCUUAAUUUUUAUUUGUGAAGAUUAAUUCACUGCAGCUUUUCUUUAACUUGCUGAAUCAUUUGAAUGUUUGCUCAAGAUGAAUCAAGCGGGUAUGCUAUAUAACUGAGCAAAACUGUAAAUUAUUAUAUAUAUAAUAAACUUUGUAGUCUUGAUACGUUACCAAACUUUUCACCAUUAUCUGACAUUCUUCAAAGCAAAUGUGUGUGCAUCUGUGUGUGUGUUUUACAUGGGUUAUACAGUUUGUGAAUUAUUCAUAUUCUAUUUAUUUUUAUGCUUAUUAUCCAAUUACGGUUGAAACUGUCCUGGACCCCGAAAUGGGGCCCUGGACAUACGUGUUUGUUCUCUGGGCUGUCCAUCCGGAACAGAGGUUAACACUGAAUUAAUAUAGUGAAUCUUGUUCCUUUCAAAUCAUGUUACAUAACAAUACAAAUUUGUUUCAUCAUCUGUUCUUCAUUGUCAUUCUUUCACCCUUUGUUUGAUUGCAAGUGAUUGCAAUUCAGAUUUAAAACAAAACCAUGUAUGUGUAUUUAAGUCACAGCCUGAGUACCUUAAUUUUUUUUAGGAAGGUGGUCCUCCAGUGCAUUUGUUUUUUUUCUCACUAUUCUGGUGUCAAAAAACCCCCAAUGCUGUGUAGAAUAUAGAUAUUUUUCUUUUGUUGUAUUUUAUUUCCAGUCUGUAAAUGAUUCCUGGUAGUGUGAGUUUCUUAUUUGCAACCAUUUAAAACUUUGUACUGUGUAACUUAUGUGGAUAUUGUACAUUCCUUUUGUGUAUCUGUAUGUUUCAUCAACUAGACAGUUUGUCGCUGACUCAUUUUGUGAGCAAAUAAAACAGUUUGUAAUAUUAGUAAAAAUUGAAGGGUGAUUUGCAUUUUUGGAUGUCAGACUUGAGUUUUACAAGAAAAAUCUUACUAUUAUUUAAUUUGUUUUUUAAUUUUAUUAUUAAUUUUUGUUUGUUUGUUUUGGAGCGAAGAUAUGUAUGUUUAAAAAUAUUUCAAAAUUAAUUACCGGGUGUGUGUACAUAAUUUUUAAAAUUGAGGAAUUUUGACCGAUUCCAACCAUUCAACCAUUCAUGCAAUAACGUAUGUAUACAUGUGAUGAUUGACUUAAUAUUUUACAAUAUCCCAGCAUAAACAAAAAUGAGAAUGUAAUAAUAGGCUUAACACUUGUAAAUAAAAUCUUUCAGUCCUAGUCAAAGUUAUUGAUCAUCUAGAAAUGCAUUCAUUAAUUUUCAUCUCAUGAUAUACACCAUAGUCUAUUUUUUUGAAACUAUAAUGUAAAAAUUCCAAAAUGACUGUCUGUCUGCACCAACGGGUGGCUUUUAUAUAAAGAGAAAUCAUGCACAUUUAAUUUUGAUAAACAGGUGGUGGUUAUAUAAGGUGAUCUAUAUAUAGAGAAAUACCACAUACAUGAUCUGUGUUCGAAAAUGUUCUGCUACAGAGAACCUGUUCCUAAAUGUUUCAAAAAGCUGAGAAUGUGUUCCCAUUGUUAAAUCCCACACUAACUCACAUGGUGAUGUGACGAGAAUGCGUUUUUUUCUCGUUCGCACAUGCACUUUUGAAUACAAGGUUGUGUGCAGAAGGUAUUUUAUCAGACAUGCCCUUUCAUAGACAGGUGGUUGUUGUACAAAGGGUUCACAACUGCAUGCAUUCAGACAUUUGUCUAUGUGUGUGGGUUUAUACUGGUGAGAAGUUAUAGGAGGGUCAAGUUAUACUUCCCCAUAAUACAUUAGAGAAAGGAAUGGGUUUUGACACCCGAAAACCCUCCCCCUGCAUCCGCCUAACCAUGUUUAACUUGAAUUAUUUGCUUGUUAAAUGAGUUGCCGACAUCAACUGUUUUGCAUACUUGAUAACAGGUCAUAUCAUUUUCAUGUUGCCCACAUUGAUAAGAUACCUCACUCACUCCAUACAAUUGAGUGUAUGCAAGUAAAACAUCUUCAUAACUUAUUUUUCAUGAUAAAUUAUUCACUGACCAAUUAAUUUAUCUGGAGCUGAUUUAAAAAAAAAAAAAUACAUGGUUGAAUGGUUUCAUUCCCUGUGUGAUCAGCUUGUGUGUAUUUAUUGGAGGAGAAAAAUUUUGUAUGUAUACUUAUUUUUAUUAAAAUAUGGCUUUGGUGUUAAAA